AUGGUUCAGUGGAACCACGAAGUCGACGCGAAGCUAUUCGUGUGCUGCCUGAAGCAGCUGACGUCCACCCUCAACUAUCAGCAACUGGCUGCCGACAUGGCUACCUUCGACAUCGAGGUGACCGCCAAGGCUAUCACCCACCGCAUCGCCAAGCUCAAGGCCGAAGCCAACGGCAACAAGAAGGACGGCUCUGGCGCUACUACUCCCGUUAGCACCCCCGCUAAGCGCGGUACUCCUCGUACGCCCAAGACCCCCGCCUCGGCCAAGAAGGGAGGCAGCUUCGUCGGCGCCAGUGGCCGUAACAAGCGCAAGAAUGCGGACACCGACUCAUCCAGUGGGGAUGACUCGGAGGGUGGCAACCCCGAUGGAGAGUGGGGCGUGAAGCAGCAGAAGAAGAAGAAGACGGGAGACGGUGGCCGCCAGAAGAUGAUCAAGCUGGAGAAGGGCGAUGAGGACGAGGACGAAGUUGUCGAGAUGGCCCUCUUCAAUGCUGCUGCUAACGCUGCUGCCGAAGACGAGUUGGAGGCUGUUUGA